GGCAGCAUUAUCUCCACAUUGGGCUGAGAACAGCAGAACAUAAAACUACCAGCAAGCACAGGGCAUAAAGAAAGUCAUUCAUAUUUAUUAAACUAUUUAAGACAAAAACUGCGGAUAUAUUGAUGGCUGGGACUGUGUACAUCACAACUAUCCUCCUCAUUUUCGGUGUUGGAAGUCAAGCUCUGGAUCUUCUCAAAGCAACUUCAGUUUUAGGAGAUCCUCCCUCCACUCCCAAGGUGCACUGCUGGUGUUCCAGCUAUCCCAAUGUGACGUUUUGCUCCUGGCCAGAACCUCUGCCCUCCCAUCCAACACAGUACAUCGCUACCUACAGUGAGCGAGACAGUAACGCUGACCCCAAGACGUGCCACCUGGUCCCGCCCGGCUCUUCAUCCUCCGCUCUGACCACAGAACCUCCGUCUUCACUGUCUGAGCAGCUCUGGCACUGUCACUUGCCCAACCUGAAACUUCUCACUGAAUACAUUCUCAACAUCACAGUGGUUCAUUCUGGGGGAAGCAGCUUUCAUCUAUCAAGUUUCAUGCUGGAGGAUAUUGUGAAACCAGAUCCGCCUGUAGAUGUCCGGGUUUCCCCUCUUGCUACCAAAUACCUGCUGGUGGAGUGGUCUCCUCCUCCCACCUGGACAAGCACCGACAUCUUCCCUCUGAAGUACCAGAUACUGUACCAGUGGGAAAUCAGGGGCAGCCCAAAGUUUAACAACCUGGGUCCGUAUGAGAACACCAAGGCCGAGCUGAAGGGGCUGAUCCCAGGGAGAACCUACCAGUUCCAGGUGUGUGCUAAGGAAAUGCUGGGCCUGGGGCAGUGCAGCGACUGGAGUUCACCUGUAAAAAUCACGAUACCAACAACAAAACUAUAGGAACUUUCCCUGGCUUACAUUUUCAUGUAUGCAGGUUGCUACAAGAAAAUAUU